AUGGAGCCAGGUAACUGCAUUGAAGGUGAAGUGGAUUCGUAUCGUUUGGAUACUUCUCCUGGUUUGACAAAAUAUUACGUCCCUUUGUGUGAAGAUUCAGUUAAACCGUCCGUUGGGAAGGUUUUUCCUGAUUUGGAUACUGGGGUUGCAUUUUAUACUAAAUAUGCAUCGAUUGUUGGGUUUGAUGUUCGACUAAGUCACUUGUCAAAAUCUGAUGAUGGGACCAUUGUUUGGAGAUAUGGAGGUGAUGACACAUAUGUUAUUCACAGGUUUGAAGAGCGUCAUAACCAUUCAUUGACAUCAGUAAUGUCAAGACGGUUUCUGAAGAUGAAUAGAAAGGUUGGACCUGGUCAUAUGAAGUUCGUUGCUGAUUGUGGAAAAGUGAACAUUGGGCCAGUGCAGAGUUUUCGAUAUUUUUGGGCUGAUGCGGUUUCUAGGAAGAAUUUGGCCCUUUUUGGUGACGUUGUGUCAUUUAAUGCUACAUAUCAGACAAACAGGUAUGAUAUGGUGUUUACACCAUUUACUGGUGUUAAUAAUCAUAAAAAGUCUAUUACUUUUGGGGCUGGGUUGUUGACAAAAGAGGAUAUUGAGUCAUAUGUGUGGUUGUUUGAGAAAUUCAAGGAAGCGAUGGGUAGUGAGCCAGUAUUGGUUGUUACUGAUCAAGAUCCAGCAAUGAGGGUUGCAUUUCCACGUGUGUUCAAGGAAGCUAAGCAUAGGUUUUGCAUGUGGCACAUUAUGUCUAAGGUAGGAGAUAAAGUUGGCCCUUCAUUGAGUAAAAAUGAGACUUUUAGGUCAAAGUUGAAUUCUGUUGUAUGGAGUCAUUAUUUGGAACCAGCUGAAUUUGAUUAUCAAUGGAAUGUUGUCAUGGAGGAGUUUGGGUUGUUGGAGCAUAGUUGGUUUGUCAAGAUGUAUGAUCUUCGUCAUCUUUGGAUUCCUGCAUAUUUUAGUGAUGUUAGUAUGAAUGGUUUAAUUAGGACUACUUCCCGGUCGGAGAGUGAGAAUAGUUUGUUUGGUUCUUUUACUACUCCUCAGUCCAACUUGGUUGAAUUUUUUAUGCAUUUUGAUCGUGCGAUUGAUAGUCAACGCUAUUCUAUUAAUAAACUCAACAGUGACUCGGAGGCAUGUUUUCUAGAUUUGAAGACACCAUUGUCUAUGGAGAAACAUGCUGCAUAUGUGUAUACUCUUACAGUGGUUUAUUUGGUGCAAGCUGAGAUUUGUGCAGCAUGUUUUAGCUGUCGAGUUCUAAAUGUUCGGGAUGACCAAGGGGUUUUGUAUUAUGAUAUUAAAGACGAAAAUGACAGAGUGUUUAGGGUGGUGCAUAAUGUUGCUGAAGUCAAAGCUUCAUGUGGAUGUAAAAUGUUUGAAAGGGUAGGGUUGCUUUGUAGGCAUAUUUUUGUAGUUUUCAAAGAUUUGAACUUGGAUUCAAUUCCAUUGGUCUAUGUAGUUAACCGGUGGACCAAGAGUGCAUCAUUGGGUCAAACUUUUGAUAUUGAUGGUGUUGUUGUUGAUCAAUGUGGAGGUGUUGAUGAGAAGUUGGUGAUAUUGAAAAAUGUGUGGUUAAAUAUUCAAUGCUGUGUUAGUAUGGUUCAGUCUGACAUUGAUCGUUUGAAAGUGUUUUCCCAGAUCAUUAAGGGCCACAAGGAUAUGCUUUUGGAUGAUAAGGGUGACUGUUAUUCUGCUGUUGAUAAGAGGUCAGUCAUCGAGUCAAUAUGUGGUUCUUCAGUCCCUUCUGAAGUUUCCAUUCUUCCACCAAACAAAGCAAAGAACAAGGGUAGUGGUAGACGCAUUAAAGGUUGCAAGGAGAUUGCCAUUGAACAAAGUAAGAAGUAG